GGCAUUGCUUGUUCUUGUCCAGAACUGAUGCCUUUACAUUUCAUCUUUUAUUUCUCAGCUGCUUUGGGCCUUUCCUGAGAGCAACCUGGGCUCUGCACUAACGGAUGCGUGACCUUAUGGAUGCAGAAGACCAGGUAUCAUAGAGCACAGUCCCUGACAUCCCACAGCUGCAAAGAUGGAUAACCAAAGAGUGAUCUACGCUGAUAUAAAUCAGGCUCAAACCCCAAAGAAGCAACAAAGGAAACCUAAGUGCACUAAAAGCCCCAUUUCAGAAUGUGAACAAGAAAUAACCUACGUGGAAUUAAACCUUCAAAGAGCAGCUCAGGAUUUUCAAGGGGAUGGCAAAGCUUACCACUGCAAAGGUUUACCAUUCCCUCCAGAGAAGCUCAUUGCUGGGAUCCUGGGAAUCAUCUCUCUUGUCUUAAUGUCCACUGUGGUAACCAGACUUGUCAUUGCCUCACAGAAGCAGAACAAUUCUUCAGAGAACAUAGGAACUCAGAAAGCAUAUCAAUGUGGUCAUUGCCCAGAGGAGGGGUUCACACAUUCCACCAAUUGUUAUUACUUUGGUAAGGAAUUAAAAACUUGGACUGAGAGUUCCAUGGCCUGUGCUUCUAAGAACUCCACUCUGCUUUAUGUAGAUGAUGAAGAAGAAAGGAAAUUUCUGGGCUCCCUGUCAUUUUGGUCAUGGAUUGGAGUCUUUCGUCAGAGCAGUGGUCAUCCAUGGGUGUCAAUAGAUGGCUCAACUUUCAAACUUAACAUAGUAGAAACAGAACCUGGUGAACGUAAUUGUGCUUUCCUACUCAAGAGUCUUCAAUCAGAUGUAUGUGGAUCUUCAAAAAGUUAUAUCUGUAAGCACAAGCUUUAGAAUUAAAACCAUGAAUUUGGAUUUGCUUAUGCAGAUUUUUUUUUUUUUUUGGCAGUUUUUGGCCGGGGCUGGGUUUGAACCCACCACCUCUGGUAUAUGGGGCUGGCACCCUACUCCGUUGAGCCAUGGGCGCCACCCUCGGCUAUGCAGUUUUAUAUUGUGUGAAAUGGAAAUAAUAUUUUUAUUGAAUAAGUCAAAAUGAAUUAUUUGUUUAUAAAUAAAAAU